AUGGCGAAUAAUUUCGAAAAUGCCUGUGAAAUACGGAAAAGCGAUCAAUUGGGAAGAUUUCUGAUCGCAAAACGUGACAUUAAAGCUGGUGAACUGAUAUUAGCCGAGGAACCGAUCGUUGUAGGACCGUAUUGGGAUGCAGACAUUAGUUGUUUGGGCUGCCUUAGGCCUGCUUCAAGAACUUGCAAAAAAUGCCUGAAGGCACCGCUUUGUCGAGAGUGUUCGCGACACGAUGCAGUGGAGUGCGAUUUCUAUGAACAUGCAGCAAACUUGAGUAAAAAUUUUCUCUUCGAUCACUUCAACAUCAUCACUCCCGUUCGCUGUCUCUUGCUGUACCGCAGUGACCGACAGAAGUACGACGAGUUGUUGGCUAUGGAAUCGCACUGCGACAGUCGCAGAGGUACGGAAAUCUGGCUCAUUCAUGAACAGUAUGUAGUCGAACCAAUGCUCGACGAAGAAGCUUUCCAGCAGAUCGACGAUCUUAUUGUGUCUGCGGAGCUAUUGCAGCGUAUCUGCGGUAUAUUGGACGUAAAUACAUUUGAAAUCCGUGGAAACAUGGACAGCCAGGGAGUGCAAAUGAACAACUUGGCUCGAGGACUCUAUCCCCGGACAUCGCUUAUGACACACAACUGCCAAACGAAUACCUUAAUUGCCGUCGAUGGCAUGGCUAAACUUCGGCUUUAUGCAUCGGUUGUGAUCAAAACAGGAGAAUUGCUGUACUACAACUACACUCGAGUACUGUUCAGUACAUUCGAAAGACAGACGCAUCUCCGGAAGGGAAAAUAUUUCAUCUGUACUUGUGCCCGUUGCAGUGAUCCUACUGAAUUAGGCACUCAUUUGAGCUCACUCAAAUGUACCGCUUGUACCGAAGGGCUUUGUGUUUUCCAUCACCAGACACCUAAAUGGGAGUGUAAUUCAUGCGGCCAUCAGCUACCUAGAGAGUAUGUUAAUAAAGUCAUGUGUGACGCCAGAGAGGAUAUUGCAAGUUGCACACUUGAUAUGCGUAACUUAGAGAAAGUAAUAGGGAAACAUUCGAAAACGCUCAACCCAUACCAUUCGCUCGUGCUGGAAGCGAAACAAAGUCUUGCCGGAGAGCUUCGCAGUAUGUGUAUGUCCUAUGAUUUACAAAACGUCCCUCGUCAUGCACUGAAACGUAAGCUAGAACUGUGCGAGGAGAUGCUACAGGUUGUGCGUGUAUUGGAUCCGGGAAUAUCGCGGCUUACAGGCAUUGGUCUAUACGAAUAUCACGCAGCGCUAGUUGAUUUAUCACGUCGUAACCAUGACACAGGGGAAAUUAAAACUCCUGAACUGGUGGAACGCUUACAGUUAGCCGAGAGUGCCUUAAAAGAAGCCAUCGGUAUGCUAGUGUUCGAGCACCCAACCACACCGGAGGGCCACCUUACAAAGAAAGCUAUGUGUGAGCUAAAAGAAUUACGCGAAUUUAUACAAAAGGUGCAGGCUAUGGAGGAAGACGAACGCACGGAUCGCCAGUUCCGUGGAAAACGCAACAAUAAUACAGGAAAGAGUAAGAAAUAA